AAAGUGACGCCAAACAGACCUCAGAAAUAAUGUUGAUAUCUGGAACCCAUGUCGAACUUCUAUGAAGAAAGGGCAACAAUGAUUGCAGCCGGAGAUUUGCAAGAAUUUGUUCCUUUUGGUCGAGACCACUGCAAGCACCACCCUAAUGCUUUGAACCUUCAGCUUCGCCAGCUGCAGCCGGCCUCUGAGCUGUGGUCUUCUGAUGGUGCUGCUGGCUUGGUGGGAUCUCUUCAGGAGGUUACAAUCCACGAGAAACACAAGGAAAGCUGGCAGUUAAGGAAAGGCGUCAGUGAAAUUGGAGAUGAAGCGGACUAUGAUGAGGAACUCUAUGUGGCGGGAAAUAUGGUGAUUUGGAGCAAAGGAAGUAAAAGCCAGGCAUUGGCUGUUUAUAAAGCAUUUACUGUUGACAGUCCUGUUCAGCAGGUAGACAUGAAGUAGAGAAAUGCAUUUGUAUAUUGCAGAGCUCAUGUAUUAACAUGCAUAGCAUAGAAGGGAAGGAUUAUAUAGCUUCCUUACCAUUUCAG